AUGGCGGCGCGCCGUGAGGCGAUGGCGUCGCUGGGGCGGCGGCUGUCCCUGGCCCUCUGCCUGGGCGGCGGCGGAGGAGGAGGAGGCGGGGGGUCCCGCGCUUACUACGCCCCUCCCCUGCGCCGCCAGCUGGGCGGCCUGUACCGCCCGGACCCCGCCAACCCCCGCACGCCCUGGUGGCAGCUGCGGCCGGGCUACGAGGCCCGCGUCUACGGCCGCCACGGCGCCGCCUCGGGGGUCGACCCGGCCACCCUCUGGCCCAGCCCCCAGCAGCUGGCCCGCGACGAGGCCGAGGAGCGCGAGCUCUGCCCCUCCCUGCGCCAGAUGGAGGCCGCCCUCGACGCCCGCGAGCGCGAGGAGGAGGCCCGGCGGCGAGAGAGAGAGGAGCUCAUUGCUGCAAGAAUGGCCAAGAUGCCCCAGAUGAUUGCUGACUGGCGCCGUGAGAGGCGGGAGCGCAGGGCCAAGGUGCUUGAGGAGAAAGAGCGGCGGGAACGGCUGCUGGCUGAGGUCCGUGAGCGCCUGGGCCAUAAUGUGGAUCAUCGCAGCCCCCAGUUCCAGGAAGUGGUGCAAGAGAUGGAGAAAGAGAGACGGAAGGAGCUGAAGCUGCAGAAGAAACAGCACAGAGAGCAGGUCGUGGCCAAGAAGGCCAAGGAAGCAGCAGCUGCUGCUGCUGCCGCUUCUCAGCCAGCAAAAGAGGGAGAGGCAGAAAUAGCGGGAGCAUCCCACCAGGCCGCGUAA